AUUCCAUCCCUGAUAUGCACAAGAAAUGAAGACGUCACCUGGCAUGCUUGGAAUUGGGAAACUCUUUUGGGUGUUUGUCCUAAUCCCACAUCUGGCCAUCUGGAGUAUCAACGGGGAAAAAGCAUGUAAUGAACAACUGUAUGUAAAGAGAUAUUCCGUACACACUGUCUCAGCAGGGAAUUCAUUUGCUCUGAAUUGCCCUGUGAAAUACUGUACUAACAGACCUAACGUGAGCUGGUGCAAGCUUGAAGAAAAAACCUGUCAUCCUCUUGACUAUAAACGUCAGAAUUGGAAUGAAAAGGGGAAUAUUUCAGUGUUUAUUCUGCAUUUUAAUCCCCUGCUGCCUAGCGACACCGGGUCAUACCGCUGUUCUGCAGAUUUUCCAUCUGGACAUGUGGAAAGCCAUUCAGUAACCAUUAAUGUGACAGAUACAACCAGUGCCUCAGGACCACCUUCCACAGAAGUGAUGGAGAACAAACAUUGGAUGCUUUAUAGUUUGCUUCCUUUGGGGGCAUUGCCUCUUCUCAUUACCUGUUUCUACCUAUUCUGCUGCCUUAGAAGGCACCAAGCAGAACAAAAGAAGCCUUCUGAUACAGCAGGAAGGGAAAUUAAUGUGGUUGAUGUUCCCCAGCUCUUUAGGAAUGAGCAAACUGAAGCGGGAACCAGGCAAAAUCCCCAAACACUGCCGUCAGGGACUAGUACUUAUGAUAAUGACCCUUGGCUUAGGGUCCAGGAAGAGACUGAAGUUUAUUCUAACCCAUGUCUGGAGGAAAACAAACAGAGCAUUGUUUAUGCCUCUCUGAACCAUUCUGUCAUUGGAAUAAACGCAAGAGAAGCAAGGAAUGUAAAAGAAGCACCUACAGAAUAUGCAGCCAUAUGUGUGAGGAGUUAAAUUCAACCCUGAUCUCCAACCAGUGAUCACUGAAUGAUCAGCACGUCGACACCAUUAUCUGAGCCCAACAGAAUGUCAAAUAAUAUUCUUCGACCUGAGAAGUUUCACUUUAAGGAGGCUCAUGUUGGUGCUUAGGUCUUAAGGGUCCAUAGGACAAAUGACCAAAGUUUCUCUCAGAAGUUCUGAGGGAACUUUUUUAUAUUAUAGCCUUGAACAACAACACAAAAACCCUUCCCUCCAAAACUGAGUGAUAUUAUGAGUAGCAGGGUGGUAGAACACUUAAACUUAGCUACAUCUUACCCAAUGUACAAAGUUAAUAUA